AUGAUUUAUGGAUUGUCUUUUGAUGUUUUAAGUCAGAAUUUGUGCUCCGACUUUACAGUUUCAAAUACUUUAAAGCUAACCUGUCAAGUCAAUACUACAACUUCUCAAGAAUAUAUUACGCAAAUAUUUAUUGAUGAUUCAUAUACUUUUACAGAUCAUGGAGAACCAGAUGUAAUAAAUCAAUUGGUUUUUACAAAUCUUAAGUACAUUUUGUUUGGCUCUACCAAAGUAAAGAAUCCAACAUACAAUCUAUUGUCGCUGCUAGAUAACAGUGAAAACAAAUUGCUUAAUAAUAUCGGUCUAAAUGGAUUAGAUGUUUAUAUCCCAAACAAAUUCCCAAAUUUUAUUAAUCUAAACACAAUAACUUUAAAUAAUAAUCUUAUUAAAUCGAAUGUAUCAAAUUCAAUAUUCAGAUCACCAAUGAGAUCAUUUUAUUUCAAUCAAAUUAAAUUCGAUCCAAAUUGCUAUUUAAAUUUUGAUACAACUCUAGUAUCUCCUAUAACAGAAGUAACUUUGAGCAAUAUUUAUGCUAAUUUCCAGUCACCUUGGAAUUCCAACUUGUCAAUAAUUACUUUAGGAAAUUGUGAAUUUUCAAUUACCGAUUUCAGUGUAUUUCCCAAGUUGAACACUUUAUCUUUAAAGAACGUCAAUACUUUACUUCCAAUCCAAUCAUGGUUUAAAAAUUCUUCUGGUGGCACAAUUUUGAUCGAUGAUGAUAAUUUAUCUGGUGUACUUGGAGAUAUUGGUGUUGUUCAACCAAAAUCAAUAGCUAUAUUUGGCACUCCAAGUGUCACCACCCAACUUUAUCCAUCGUAUUGUAAUACCAUUUUAACUUUAAAGAAUGUAACACUUUCACCUGCUACAGUACCUGACUGUUUUUAUUGCUAUUGGAGUCAAACCAAUAGUACAUUACCAUCGCAAAUACCACCUCCACAACCUGGUUUUAUUUGUAAUAUUUCUUUAAAUAGUCUUACCUAUACAGUAAAUAAAUCAUUAAAUUAUUUUGAUAUUUUUGGAACCAAUCUUGGAUAUGGGUUGGAUGUUGUUCCUAGCGAUAAGCUUAGUGUUGUCAUUCCGAAUAAACAAUUUCGAUACACCUAUCCAACACCAUACGGUAGUACUGUAAUAACAUUUAGCAGCCAAUUCCAAUCACAAUUCAGCAUUAAAUGGGGAUCAGAAACUGUUGCAAAUUACGCUCAAUCUUUUCCUAGUGGAAGUGAGACAAAAAUUACAGUACAUGGUACUUUUCCAUCUGGUGAAUGGAAUUACGUAGUUAAAGCGAAUGGUGCAACUCCUUCUUACAGUCGGAAUGAAACAACAAUUGAUAUUACUCUGCAAAGUUCUACUACUGAGCCAGUAUUAAUAGAAAUUUCCACUGAAAUUGUAACGUUAACACUUUAUUCAGCUUUUGAAUUUAAAAUUAAAUCAAUUAGUAAUAUAACAAGUAAUGGAGGAAAUGUUGAUAUUGAAGGUAACUUUGGUCAGAAUCCAUAUCAAGUUUCUGCUCUGGCCAAAGGAAAUUCAUCAGACACCUUUAGUUGUACUUUUGUUUCUAUUAAUUCUACGGUUUAUAUUUGUACAAUUAAAGGUCCAAUUAAAUAUGCUUCAUUGGACAUGCUGGUUUCAGCCAAUGGUUAUACAGCAGGUGUUAAUUUAACAGUUAAUAAAGUUGUUGUUCCACCUCUUGAUGAUUGUGGAACCGAUUCAAAAUGUAAUGGAAAUGGGCAAUGUGUAUCUGGUAGAUGUCAAUGUUACAGAAAUUUCAAUGGUUACUAUUGUGAGUCAGCGAUUGAUACUGGUGUCAAGAUCACACCCAAUGAAAAACAACCUGCACCAACCAUAGUUACAAAAGAAGGUCUUGGAUUUAAGUUCAAUAUCAUCGCCAUACAAGAGUUGAACUCUCAAGAGAUGGUUGUAAAUGAAAUCAAUACAACACAAUGGAAUUACAAUGUCGAUGUCAAACAAAAUCUAACAACUCAUCAGUAUCUUCUUGCCAACCAGAAUCCUGGUGCGACUCAUGCUGUGCGAGCAUUGAUCGACCAUUCGACAUCUGACAGAACCGUAGAGUUUGCCGGUGAAACAACGAUGUAUCCAGCCAAUACACUCAAACUCAGCAUAGAAGUUAGCAAUUGGAAUUACUCUGACCGACUCAACCAUCUAAGAGUUGUUAUGGUCACUCAGAUUGCGAUGAUGGCACCGCCAACUGGCUGCGAAUCUACCGCGCCGAAACAAGACAUUGGAACCGACGACAAAUCCAAUAUCAAAUUCAUCAAGUUGACUAUCAACGAUCGUUCGUUCUACGGUCGGUUCCUCUCGGUUGGUUUGGCCGACAAGACACCGGUGACAGCGAUCAACGAGAUCAUUUCAAACAACGAUAACUACACCGAUACAGUCAUAGGUAUUAGCAUACCGUAUUGUACGGAGUGUGUAGUCGAUCCAGACUUUUCUGUACUAUUAAACACUGGUGAAGAUAACAGUGGCCAAGGAUGCAACGGCGGCAGUUCUAAAGCCAGACCAUCAAAGACUAUGAUGAUUGCCAUCAUAGUAAGUGUAGUCGGUGCCAUAAUGAUAGCGACAAUAGUAGCAGUCGUUCUCUACUAUAAGAAGAAAGAGAAAAUAAGAUUCCUAAUGUUCAACCUUACCAACAAGAGUAAAAUGAGAGAAACCUCUAGAAAAUACUCUAAACAAACAAUCAAAUUGAAAAUGAAACUUUGCAUAAUAUUAUUAUACUUAAUUAUUACUCGUACAGAUGAAUUUUUUGACAGACCCACAGAACCUCUUUCUGCAUGGGUGUUAAAUAAUGAUUAUAACAAUAGUAAUAAUAAUAAUAAUAAUAAUAAUAUAAAGAUAUAUGGUGGUAGAGAUCUUAAACAAGGUGGUUCUUGGUUAGGUAUCAAUACAAAAGGUCAAUUUGCAGUUGUAUUAAACUAUAGAUCCAUAAAAAAUAUAGUAGAACCAAUCUAUCCCAAGAGCAGAGGUUCCGUUAUUGAGGACUAUUUGUUAUCAGGUGAAACUCCACAACAAUACCUUACAAAGUUGAAAGAAGAGAUUGAUCAAUAUGGUCCGUUCAAUGUGUUUGUUGGCGAUGUUAACACUGGAGUUUGUCUGUAUCUCUGUAAUAGUGCAACCAAUGACAUCAGUAACGACAUCAUUGAGCUAAAGAAAGGUGUACUCUAUGGUAUUUCCAAUGGUUUUAUUGAUCAUAAAUGGCCAAAAGUUUCUAGAGGAUUACAUCUUUUGAAAGAGUUAAAAUUGAAUGAAUUAAUACCAAAUGGAAUACCAGAUAAACAUAGCUAUGAAACAUUGUUUAAACUGAUGGCUGACAAUGAGAAAUCAUAUGAAUCACUUACCAACAUAUAUCCAAAAGAGAUCGAGCAUAAACUAUCGUCAAUCUACGUCGAUGAAAUAACAAUUGCUGGUAGAACCUACGGUACAAGAACAACAUCAAUCAUCAUAGUAGAUCAACAAAACAAUGUUUACAUGUCAGAGAUCGACAGACAAGAAAACAAAGUCUAUAAUAUUCAAUUUGAAAUAGACAUUAAUUAA